GCGUGGAGCUGUGAGGUGGAUGAUAUGAGAGAGGGAGCCGGCUGCAGAUGGUGUUCACUGAUGUGGCGGCUUGGAUCCAGGCUGGAGGACUACACGGUGAGCUGCAGCAGAGGGACUCUCACAAGCUCUAAAGAUACUUCAAAACACCAAUGGAGGGUUUACGGAGCUUUUGAAGAUUUACUUUCUGGACAAAGAACAGAGGGAGUGGACGCAGCAAGGACAAAAACCUAACUAUGGUCAUUUGUAACACUGAAAGAGGCCACCAAUGACGAGCAGAUAUCUCUUUUCAUUUUGACACAUUUUUUGAGGAGCUUUUUUUAACAGAUUAAUAAUGGAUGCUCCCUCAGCUCCUCAGAUUACUGUGGACAAGUCUAAUGUCCUGGAGGAAGCAGAAUGUGGGAAAGAUCUGCCCACAGAUGACCAUCUCAUGAACUUGAAGGCCCUGACGGAGAAACUAAGACUGGAGACCAGGAGGCCUUCGUACCUGGAGUGGAAAGCCCGACUCGAGGCGGAAAGUUUCAGAGAGUCUGGAACUGGAAAAGGCUCAAUCAAAGUGGAGCCUGAGGGGAAACUGGUCACCCCCAAAGAGACUGUGGUGAAGUCUGAUGUGAUUCAGCGCAAGUUGCCGUCGGGUGUACCGAAGGGAUUUGAGAACAUCGAUGAAGCGCUCAGCUGGCUGAGGAGAGAACUGACAGACAUGCGCUUGCAGGACCAGCAGCUGGCGAGGCAGCUCAUGCGGCUCCGCAAUGACAUCAACAAGCUGAAGAUAGAGCAGACGUGCCACCUGCAUCGCCGGAUGCUCAACGACGCCACCUUCGGCCUCGAGGAGCGGGACGAGCUGUCGGACCUGCUGUGCGAAUGUCCGGUCACCCCGGGGCUCGGCCUCUCUGCCCCGCUGAGACUCAUCGGCGUCACCAAGAUGAACAUUAACUCUCGCCGCUUCUCGCUCUGCUAGUGGCCGUAAUGUCACUUCAGGGAGAGAACAAAGCUGCCUGUCUAAUACUACCUUUGCUCCAGUGCAACAUGACAGCCCUGGCCAUUUGUUAGAUUGUGGUGAAGUCUUACUGACCACAACGUUGGGAGGAUGGCCCGAGAUGUAAACCCUGUUUUACUGCCUCUAUAAUUACAGAGAGAGAUUUAGGUAAUGUAUAUUAUUUAGACACAAGAAUUUGAGUGUAGUAGGUACAUAUAUAGUGUGUUUGCCACUAAACUAUACAUGGCAGCUACAUACAGAAACCUCUGUCUUAAAACCGCAGCACAUUUUAGACCUUUAGAGCAUCGUGACUUCAAACAGAAUACUUUUUAAACUCCAGUGAAACAAUCUCAGCUUAUUCCUGUCCACUUUUUUAAGCCUUAUCAGUCACACUGUUACAGUAACCCAAAA